AUGCCAUCAACGUCCAUGCUACGAGGGUUGCAGCUCAGGGCACCUCGGAGCCUGCCCAGCUUCAGGCGCUAUGCCUCGCACAGCCACGGCCCACACUUCAACCAACCCAGCGGUUACAUAUUCGGCGAGAAGCCACUUCCACCAGGCCAGAAGCGUAAGCGUGAGGAUUGGGAGCUGCUGUGGUACAUUGGAAUGUUCGGUUCGAUGGCAUUCGCUGCCGUGUUUUUGUACUACAAGCCAGAUACCAGUCUCCAGACGUGGGCUUACAACGAGGCGAAGGUGCGGAUGGAGGCACGAGGCGAGAAGACUGACUACCCGUAG